CGCCAGGGCCAGCAUCUGCACCCACCCCGGGGCAGCGGUGACAGGGACCGCUGCGCGAGCAGCGACGUCCCUGGGAGCGGGCAGGAGCGGAGGGAUGACCUCCAAGAAUGCUUCAGGUGAAGCUAAUAGUAACUGGAGAUGACUUUGGCUACUGUCCUCGGAGAAACCAAGGCAUCGUGGACUGCUUCCUGGCUGGUGCAGUAUCUAACGUGUCCCUUCUAGUCAACGGAAGUGCUGCAGCAGAUGCAGCUGAGCUGGCACGGAGAUACAACAUCCCAAUAGGCCUCCAUGCCAACCUCUCUGAAGGCUCUCCUGUGUGUGAGGCGCUCAAAACAAACUCUUCUCUGCUCAACCAAGAUGGAUUUUUCCAUGGGAAAAUGGGAUUCAGAACAGCACUAUCAAAAGGUCUCCUGAAUAUGUCAGAGGUAAAGCAGGAGCUAAAGGCCCAAGUGGAGCUGUUCCAUGAGCUGACAGGUCACCUACCUCCUCACAUGGAUGGGCACCAGCAUGUCCAUGUCCUCCCAGAGGUCAGGCACAUAUUUGCAGAGGUGUUAGAGGAAUAUGGGAUUAAGUACACACGUGUCCCAAUAGAGCCAGGCCUCCAUAAAUGUGACUGGAUUUUACCAUCCCUGAUGGAGUUUUACCUGGGAGUGGAAGAGGAUUCUUUUAACACAGUGGAUGUGUUUACAAGUCAUGGAAUAAGGUGGCCAGACAUUUACAUAGGGUUGACCACCAUGGGCAAGAACAUGUCUGUCAGUAACAUCUGGAGCGCCAUCGACAGUGCCAUCACAGAGUUCACGUCCAAGGCACCCUCACCCACAGACCCAACACCACAGAGCAGGACCGUAACAAUCGAACUGAUGGUGCAUCCCGGGUACCCCAGUGUCCCACCUGUCGGCGGCUGUGGGGAAGGACCGGAUGACUUCUCGCAGUCCUGGGAGCGCCUCCAUGAACUCCAGACAUUAAUCAAUCCAGAGCUGCAGAGCCAUUACAAAACCAGGAACAUUCAGCUUUGUUCCUUCAAAGAUCUUUAGGCAAGUGACCACACACACCAUUGUUCAGACUUGCAAGACAGUUACCAGUGCAAUACCUCCUGGUGCAGCUGACAGGAGAAUGAACAGCCUGGGGACAGCAGCAGUGUUCGUGGAAGAACACCACUGUCAGCAGCUACAGGUAGCGCCCUGGUGCCCUGACCAGCAGGUUUUAGGCCACAGCCCCUGCUCUGAAGGUGACAGACCUCUCCUGCACCCCAUAGCCCUGCGCCCCUCCAGCACAGUGUGGCAGCCAAGGCCCAGCCCUCUUCCCAGGGCCCAGCUCCUACGACACAAGCAGUACAAAGAUACGCACUGCUGUGAGACCAAGGAGCACACAGUCACCACCUUGCUUGUAUCUGGUGAGACACACACAAAGGUACACACUAUACUGCCUUCAAAGCAUCUCGUCAGAAUAGUCAGAUCAUGUCUUCAGCAUGGUGGCAUCUGCAGCCACAUCCCACAUACAGCCCCAGCCAGCAGGGAUUACAGCUCUUCCCAUUUACGCUGCCUUUUGGCAUUAAGCCACUGCAGGACAGUAACAUCAGCCACAGCCUCUUUGGAGAAGCUUUCCUUUUUUUCCUUUCUGGAUGACUUUGCAAGAACAGCAACUGUUGAGCCAUCUGCUAUUUCUGUCACUGCUGUACAUGAGAGCUCCCCAGCAACUGUUCCUGCGCUGCCCACUGCCUCUCAGGGAAAAUGCAUGGGACAUAUGCGGACCAACCACAAGCAAGUUUCCAAAUGGAGAAGGUGCAUGUGUUUGUCCAUCUUUAUGUCUAUCAUCAGGGUGUUUGAACUUAAACAAGUCCCAGUAGUCCCUACAGGUCUAACUGCUGCCCUGCUGCUGGCAUGCCACUUUCACAGGGGAAGAAAUAUUUUUGAUUGUUUAUGCUCAUUUUCUGCCCAAACGUGAUCUAUUUAAUGUAAUCAUUAUUGGCUAAACAGUUUUGUCUUUAAAUACUAAAAGUGUCAAUAUGAUCAUCAUUCUUUUAAGUAAAAAAUAAACUCAGGUCUUUUUCUAUUGUAAUGCUACAGGAGGGUUUUGCUUUUAGUUAUAGCUGAAGGGAAAAGUAAACCCACUCACCUGCUGUUGCAGCUGCUGAGACACCUUGUUGUGUUCAUAAUGGACCUGUCUGACCCCUCUGCAAAACAGCUGAGGAAGGCUUUUCCCUGCACAGGUAUCAAAAAUAACAGCAGGGCUGCUUUAAAAAUGUUUCCAGGUUCCUUCUUAAGGUAUCAUCACAGAAUUAAUUUGAUACAAGUUUGUUUUUAACACCCCCUCUGGCAGCACCAAAGAGCCGAGUCUUUUGAUGUGACUCGAUGGCUGAAGCCGGGCCUGUCGGUGUUCGACGUCGAAGUUCCUGCUCUGUGGUAACAGAGAAUGAAUAAACCCCGGGAGGUACCAGAUCUGCUCGGAGCAGCCGCGGCCCCCGGCACAGCAAAGCCCGUGAGAGCCAUCUAGUGACUGACGGUAUUUUGCUAUCGGUAGGGAUAAACCCCGGUUGUUUAAUACCAGAACCCACCUUACAAUCUUUGACUGUGUUCUGAUGGACAUCUGUUAACAUUUAAGUGGCUCCAACCGAUGCAUGUGCUCUCAUCACAGCCAUCAGGACAUUACCCCGCACUGAGCUCUGUUAGCCGAACACUGAAACAUGACAGCAGACUUACUUCGGUUACAUUUUGCAAAUUAAAUGAACAGCAUUGAA